AUGCCAUUGUGGCCGUUUCGGCGCGGCACCCGCCGAAAACGCGGCCGGGCUACCACCACCGACAACGAUGAGCGCGGCGCGACAGCCAUCGCCGUCAACCCCAACGGCCACGCACCAGAACGGCAAUCGAGCAAAAGACAACGAACGGGAUCAAACAAACUCUACCGGCGGCCUCGCGCAUACAGCUUCUCCCCUGGGCGCGAGGAUUCCGUACAGGUUGGAAGGAAACGGAUUAUUGGGGGGCAGCGUGACGGAGACACACCAAUGCCAGACGCUGGGAACGACACCCGAAUUGAUGAAUAUGGCGUGGACGCCGUGAGAGACAACAUGCUGUGGCGAGUUCCGACGCUUCAUGGCAAGAAGGAUGGGGACCGCCCGUUGCGGAAGCUGUCGAGCAAGAAACGCCGGAGGGAUGAUCGUCAACGUGAAGCCGAGAUCAAGGCAAUGAGCGCUUUCGCACCCGUUCGCCCCGCUGCUGAAGAUUGGACGGCUGGCCGGCCGAUGAGAAAAGAUACGAAACGGUACCGACCUGGGUUCGGCGGCGGCGAUGUCAAGGGUUCUGAGCUCGAGAGGUACAAUCGGUCAUCAGAUAUCUCGUUACCGCUCGCCGAAUCCAUCGAUUCUGCCCUUUCCUCGGAUUCAGAUUACAUCUCGUAUAAGGUUUCCGCCUUCGAAUCUCUUUCGCCACGGCCAACAUUGCGCUACACGACCAACCCGCGAGCCGGACCCCAUGUACAGGGAAGCACAGGUGUAGCCCGAAGCCCGUCUCAAUUCCAGACGAGGUUAACUGAACCAAUCCCCGAGGCAACGUUGAAGGCGCACAAGCGGGUCGACAACCUUGCCGACGACCUCAGUGCCAGCGACUUGCGUGAGUUGAUGGAGCGGGAUCAACGACGACGGGCCCGGAGAAAGCAGCUGGAACAAGAGAAAUUAGAACAAAGGCUUGCGAGGCGCGCCGAGAAGCAGAAAGCCGUAGAGGCUGAGGCGAUUAAGCAUGGACGAGAGUCGCCCCCGAACCUUGAACGCGGGGUUUUCGGUCGGGAAACUGCCGGCCUCGGCGUUGACCCAGCUUCUGCCGUUGUCACAUCCUCGAGAAUCCGAAAUACCCCUUCACCGGAAUACAACGGCGAGUCGGCGGAGCUCGACGGCGACAACUUGGAACCGUGCGAAGCGACCGACCGACCAGGCCCUGUGGCUACAUUCCACCGAGUCGACAGCCACCCGUUACCGCCGUUGGAAACCCUGCCCGACAUUAACGAGGACACCCCAGUUUUGGCGACCCCUGUAUCUAAGGGGUCGUUACGCCGGAAGUUCUCACGAUCCAAGUCCCCGCAACAAUCCACGACCAGGACGGACUGGUCGGAACAACCAUCAAAACCCUUGGAUGGAAGUAUUACCAAAAGCCCGCGGGCGUGGACCUCUUUGUUCAGAUGGGCUAGCAAAAGAAGACGGCACUCAAGAGGCCCGCCCUCAUUCUCCAAUACCUCUCGGGAUUCGAUGCAAACAAGCCCAACUCCCGCACUUACCAUAACCCCGACUCCGCUUCAUCUUGGAGCCGGGGUCCCCAAGAGAACUAUGUCACGCUUCCGUGAGGAUCUUCCAGAGUUCCCCAUCUCCCCUCCAGCAUCCCGUGUACAGUCGCCGGAAGCCGAAACCCAUCCGGCCCCCGCGGUAAUCCGCACCGACAUUCCCCCGGUUGCAGAAACGGCAGCAUCGUCACCAUCGACAUUCAGACCGAAACACGACUCGCAUAUCUCUGAGUCGCCUUCCGAAGAUAGAAUGCAGCAGACACCAUCCACCCUGAGCCACACGACUGGCCCGGGAAUUUCUCCCGAGCCCCAAGCGAUGUCGCUAGCCUCUAUCGAUUCUGAGGGAUCGUGGUUCGGUGGCGGACUAGGAAAGAAGCGCAAGUCCUCGGGGAUCAUGGAGCACGGACCUAGUUUGCAAUCAUCCCGUCGAACUCCCGAGUCGGACCACAGCAAUCUUCCGAUUAGCGAGAAUCCCAACGACGAUGUGUACAUCGCCAACGAUGACUACCUUUCGCGCCUUGCCCCUCCACACGGCGACCGCUCCGCGUUAAAUCGUAAAUCUACUGGAGAGGCCCGACCAUCGAGUGACUGGGGCGAAGAAGUGCCCCACUGGGGCAGCGUCGAAGGUCAGCAACCCACAGUUGUACGCUCUCAGGCUUUCGAUCGAAUCAAGAGUCGUGAGGGCUUGCUCCGAUCGUUUGAUGAAGAAGGUGUAGAGGGCACAGAGGGCGAGAGCGACGCCAGCGACAAUGUUGGGCUUCAGCGGGCGACAAGCAUCGACUAUGGGAAGGCGCACGCUCGGCGCAUCAGCGCCGGGAGCGCACGGCUGCUCUCAAUUUCGCCUCGUUCCUCAGUCGACGCGAAGACGGCAACCUUGCACUCCGGAAUGGAUGCAUAA